AUGUCUCAUGGGAAAAAUAAGUAUAUCUUAACAUUUAUUGACUAUUAUUCCAGAUACUACACAACUUAUCUUUUAAAGGACAAAUCAGAAACUGUAGAAAAAUUGAAGAUGUUUGUUGCAAGCGUUAAAAAUCAAUUCAGAAGGAAGCCGCAAGCAAUACUUUCAGACAGCGGUGAUGUUAAACAUUUGCACACUACCCCAUUUACCCCAGAACAAAGUGGAAUAGCAGAGAGAAAGAAUUGCUCUCUGAUGGAGAUGGUCAGAUGUAUGCAGAACAGACUGCCAACAAAAGCUGCAAAUAAAGCAGCAUUUGAACUUUGGUUUGGAAGAGUACCGAACAUCAGUCACAUUAGAGUCUUUGGAACAAAAGCUUUUGCAUAUGUGCCAGCAUAA